CAAGCACAUGCUCCGAGACAUGCUCUGGUCAAGGAACAGAUUUCUUAUACUUCGUUCUGAAAGUUGUGGGAUCGAACAAGGAAUAAAAUUAUUUGCGAUUUAAAUAAACGAAGACAAAGUCAUAAAAUUCUGUUCUAAAGAUUAUAUAAAGUAAAAGAACAAUCGGCGGGAUGGAUGUUGUAAAUUCAAUUUUACAAAAUGACAUUCAAAAGAAAAAUACCCAUAAGUCAACAGUAGUAAAUAAAGAUACAGAAAUCGAAACAGAUUUAGGAACUCUUUUAGCGUUAGAUUAUAACGCUUUAAAUUUGAAAGCAUUAAAAUCACAGCCAGAAGAAUAUCUGAGGAGUUUGACAAGGGACAAUGUACAAAUACUGAUUAAUAAAAUAUGGGAACUGCCAGUGGAACGUGUUGAUGAGGUAAUAGUAGCCAAAUUACCCAAACAAGAAUUUAUAUUGCCACGAGCUCGACAAAUUCCAAAAGCAAGACCUUUAACAAAAUGGCAACAGUUUGCUAAAGAGAAAGGCAUUAAACGGAAAAAUAAACCUAAAGUUAAAUGGGAUGAAGAACUACAAAAGUGGAUACCUACUUUUGGUUAUAAACGUAACAAAGCCAUAAAACAGAAGAAAUGGUUGAUAGAAAUUAACAAUAAAAGUAAAGCUGCAGAAAAUCCUAUUGCAGAUGCAAAAGCAGCAAAGGAAGAGAGAAAAUCUAAGAAUGAAUUACAGAGAUUGCGCAAUAUUGCCAAAGCAAAAAAUAUAAAAAUUCCGAAAGUAGGACUUCCUACUAAAGAACAUUUUGCUGAUUCACAACAACUUUCACAAGCCAUGACUAUUGCGCGUGCAUCAACAGCAUCUCUUGGCAAAUUCCAAAAUAGGUUACCAAAAGAAAAAGAUGCAAAGGGUAUUGCCAAACAAGUUCCAGGUAUGAAAAGAAAAGCUGAAGAAGUUCCAAGAAAUUUACAAGAGGAGAAAAAACGAAAUACCAAUCUGGCAGAUAAUGUUUUGAAAAGCAACACUAAGAUACUUCGUGAAGACUUUUCUGUGCCAAAGUAACUUUCCUUUUUUUUUUUUUUUUUUUUUUUUUUUUUAAAUCGCGAACGAGAGGAAUUCAAUGAACACAUCACGUUCGCGAGAAAUCUCAGGUAGAAUGUGUAUAAUGAUCCACGAAGGAUAUCGACAAUCGAAUAAUUGUCGAUUUAAUAAUUGCUCGUUUAUUGCGAAACGAUGAUGUCAGGCGAACAAAAGUACACAAAACAUUGCGCCAAUAUUUUCAAAUGAAAUACGCCCCUGUAGGAAAUUAAUUUCUCCACGAAACUGGAUAAUCGAAUCAUUGAAUAAUGGGAUAAGGAUAAAUUAUAACACAAUUAUUGUAAUUUCCAAAUUAUGCGAGAAAAUAUUCGAAAAAAAGGAGGAAACUGGGUUGAUUAUUAUUAUUAUUAACGUUAUAAUUUUGCAAUUGUAAUGACGUUUUCUUUUUAAAUAAAAUUCGCCCUUAUGCACUGAAAUUGUGUUGAGCCGACAAAAUUUUGAUCGAAGAAUUUCGAGAUGGACACGAGAAGAUUAGUCAUUAAUUAUCGUUUUUAGGUAUAUAGGAACUCGAUUAUUUAACUAUUUAAUAAAUUAGGAAGGCAAUUAAUUCGUUUGUUUGUUGUUUGUGCAAUUUCAGUGUGUCGUUCAUAGGUGAAGGGGUGCAAUAAGCAUGAUAACAAAUUUUCCAAGGUCAGGGUGUUGCGUUAACAUCGUAAACGUAUUAACGUUUUCAGAUUUUGAACGAAUCGAUAUAAAAGCGCUCGAAGAUAUGUCUGAAAUUCCUGUUCUGCAUCGAGGUGCAGUAAUUUCAUUGACGAACGAGUUUCAAUUCGAUUUUUCGAUUUCUCAGAGUACCGCGAUUUCUUCCGAGUAUCAUUUCAGCCAGUGCGAACGACCAAAGAAUGUUUUUUUUUAUCGCAAUAGGAAAACAAAGAUGAAAAGAAAACAACGAGGCAGCGUCAUCGACAAAGUUGGACACGUUGUAAAUCGGCGUAAAUGAAAAAUAAGCGCGAAAAACGAAUAUUCAAUAUUUCUACGAUAGCUCUUUUCUUUACGAUACAAUUCUCUUUCUUUCAGGAAAAAGUAAAAGAAAUUGAAUAUUUCAAUUGAUGAGAAUGUUGUUCUCUAAUUACUGAUACAUAUGCGUAUUGCUUAUAAUAUUUCUACAUGAUAAAAAUGCACGAUUAUUGCAAACGAUUUUUUUAUCAAGUAAAUUGUUGUAAAUAUCUGAAUGAUUAAUAAACAUUAAUUAGAAGAAACUGUUGUCAGCUGUUCGAUUACAAACAAUUGUUCUAAAUAACAUACCAAAUAAUAUUUCUUAAUGAAUCUAACCUACAGAAAAAUGAAGUUUUUGCGUAAAGGGUAUACGCUAAACCUCACUUAUCGACAAAAUGAUCGAAAAAUUCAAAUUAUCAAUAAGAAUUGAAUUAAAAGAAUUCAAAUUAUCAAUAAUAAAAAAAGUCAUUCAAUUAAAAUUCAUUUUACCCUUUGCAAGAUACAGUUUAUGCAUUUACAUGAUCGUCAAUUCAUACGACAGAUUAUUAACGUUAUUUCUGUUAACAAAAUUUAUCGUCAAUAAUGGCUACUCUAUUAUUAGAAGAAAACAGUUCGUACCUUUUUUUUUUUUAUCGAGUAAGUAACAAGGGAUGAAGAAAUGUCCAACUCUGCUCCUUCGACCGCAUCGUUGUGAAUAAAAAAAGUGACCGACUAUAUUUCACACUGUAUAUAUAAUUGUGUCCACUAUAAAUUUGAGUCACGAUGUACCGCCAGGCGCAGCUAAUUCAUAAUACUGAUUACACGAAUAACCGAGUUACGUAUUAAAAAAAAAAAAAAAAAAAAAAAAAAAAAAAAAAAAAAAAAAACAAAAAAACAAAAAAAAACAAAAAUGCGAAUAACAUUGACGAUAGCACAUUACCCUCCCGAUUUAUGUUGUAACAAAUAUUGUAAAGGCAGGUAUGUACAUUCGAUUAAUACCAAAGUGUGCGGAACUUCAUGUGACGGAAACGCACUGAAUUGUAAAUAUCUCCUUUAUCCCUCCCCUUCCUUUCGCUCCUAACCUCGUUGUCGCUAAUUAGUGGUUCGUUUUAGUGGUGAUUCGUUUAGAUGUUGUAUAGAAUCGUACCACCACCCCCUUGUAUUGUAUGUAUAUGAUUCGGAAGGAACAACACCGUAGACCUAACGUUUUCGUAAUCUAUUCGAAUCGUCUUCGAAUUUGUAUAAUAUUUCUAUACCGGCGCACACGUAAUAAACUGUCCAAUUAAACUA